AUGGCCUCUACGACUCUCGACACUUCCAUGGACAAUUUCCCAUUGCUAGAUCUUCCCCGCGAGCCACGAGAUCUUAUCUACCAUUUUGCGCUCGUUCGGGAAUGUCUCUGUAUUCCACAAGUCGAUACUGUCACGGAUUCCAUCUCCCGUACGACCUGGAAUGACAACCGUUUUGCAAGUAGCCAACAGUGGUUUCGGACCUAUUCAUUGUAUCAUGGGCACGACGACCUUCGUGGGGACGACACCCCACAAAUGAAUCUUCUAAAGGCCAAUCGGCAACUGUAUUCUGAAGCUUCCGAAGUGUCUUAUUCCAAGAACAUCUUUAGUUUCGAUGUGUACUUCAGAUUGGGUUUUUCGGAGCCUAAUCCCGUGCUGGCUUUCCUCACAGACAGUCCCCAGACCUCACUGGAAAACAUACCGUCACUGGAGAUCGUAGAGCUCGGGUAUAAGCCUUGGCAGAUAGUCGAGGACCAAGGUCGCAAACUAUGGAGUUCAGUUUGUAUGUAUCUGAGAAUGACAAACCUCCAGUAUAUCGGAAUUCAGACGCAUGUUCCACCGGCGGCGGAGAGUCGGCUUCGAGAAAUGGAAAGCACUAGUCAGGACCAAAAUCUCUGGGCGCAGAGCCUUUUCGAUUCGGUGUGGAGUUUGAAGAGUGUCCGAUUGAGAGUGCAGGACGACUAUCCAUUCCCCGAGGACCUCUCGAUUGUAUCCCGGGAGCCAAUCGACAAGGCGGAAAAGCUGAGCCUAAGCCGGAGCUCAAUCGAGUCAUUCGUGUUAGCUCAGCGAUGGGAUAUGUAUGCAUGGGCAACCCAUUACUACUCACUUAUAUACGUUAAGAACAUGAUGGGCUACGAUUUCAACAUCAAGGUCCCGUCUGAGCUUGAUGCUGCGACGUUGAGCUUGAGAAGGCCCUCCAAUUUGGGAAAAUCACAUACGAAGCUGUGGGUUCAGGGCGACAUCAAAGAUGUUAUUGAAUCGCAUGCAGGUGGGAAUGUGCCUGACAGAACUUGA